GUACUUUGACUCUUUUGCUCACAAAACAUUUAGCAAAAGCAUACUCUAUAUCAUGGGUGUAUGAAGAUCUCGUGGCACAUCCUCAAUACAAAAUAGUCCUUUCUCAAAACCAAAUUCCGAACAGUAGUCUUGAAAAUUUUGUAUUUGACGAAGUACAUUCGGAAAAUAGCAUAGUCCCAUCAGUAUCUAAAGAUACCUCUGACGAAGGUGAUGAAACUAAAUUAACUUCAAUAUUGAUGCGUUCGGCUUCUGGACAGCCUUAUCUCUGCCAGAUACCUUACGUUGCCAACCAAACUGCUAUAGAAGAAAAUAAAUCAGAAGAAAAUAAGGAUGAUGUUGAUCUUAUGAAGAAAGGCCUUGCUCUUUUAGAACCUAUGAAACAACAAACCUGUCUUAUUCAUCAACAUGGAUGGUGGACUUACGAAUACUGCCAUCUUAGAAAAAUUCGUCAAUAUCAUUUACAACCCGGACUUGAUGAUCAAAAACCUUCAUUUAUUUUGGGAGAAUAUGAUUCUCGUAUCGCUACGUUACCACCUUCGAAUAAGGAUAGUGAAGAUCAAAAACAUUCCCUAGGUACAGAUUUACAAGUUGGCAGAGGUAAAAAAUAUUUGGUUCAACGUUGGGGCGGCGGAUCUACAUGUGACUUAACGGGUAAACCUAGACAAGUUGAAAUCCAAUUUCAUUGCAAUCCGCAACCUGGUGAUAGCAUCGCUGUAGUAAAGGAAAUGUACACUUGUCAUUACUUAAUGAUUAUUCAUACACCACGACUAUGUCAGGAUGCUGCAUUUCUUAGCAAAUCAUCCUUCAAAGUUAAUCAGAUAGAAUGUCAUCGUAUAGUAUCUGAUGAAAAAUAUGAGCGUAAUUUGGCGAAAGAACCAAAAAGUUUGGAUAGUCCUCAAGAAAUGGAGCCGAGGUACAGUGUCCGACCAGUUAUUGCUAAUAAAUUUAAACUUGCAUCACAGUUAAAAAAGAAACAGACCGGAUCAGAAGAUUCUGAUUCAACAGUUGAAGGUGAAAAGGAGGGAAUUAAAAUAUAUUAUAUGCAUGAGAGUGGCCAAAUUGAAGAAAUUGAUAGUAGUGGACUCAGAAAUGACGAUGGUAGUGAAUUUAAAUCUGAUAUUUUCGAAAUCAUUUUGGAAACUGCCAAUUCCAUGUCAAAAAACAAGGAUAAUGUGCUAAACGAGGGUCACGGCACGCUAAGUUACCAGGCACAACUAAACCAAUUAUAUGAAGAAGCGAAGGCAGAUGACGAAUCUGAAACUAAAGAAAAUGAUAAUAAGCCGGUUACAGAAUAG